AUGGAAAAAGACAGUUUCCAGCAGUUAGAACUAGAAAAGGGUAGACCUUCCAAAAGGAGGACUCCCAAAAGAGUUAUCCAUUUUGUUGAUGGUGACAUCAUGGAAGAAUAUAGCACAGAGGAAGAGGAAGAAAAAGAGGAACAGAGUACAAAUUCAACACUUGAUCCUUCUAAACUUUCAUGGGGGUCCUACCUAUGGUUUUGGGCAGGGCGAAUAGCAAGGACCUCAUUUUCUACAUGUGAAUUCCUUGGUGGAAGAUUCGCUCUCUUCUUUGGUCUUAAUCAACCCAAAUACCAGUAUGUGUUAAAUGAGUACUAUAGAACACAAAAUAAGGAAAGUGACAAGGAAAGUGAAGGGAAUGGAUCAAAGGCCCAACCAGCCAAUGUUCCCAAUGAAAAGCAUCACCUGGAGGCAGGGGCCCGAGAGUAUGGAACGAGACAACAGGACAUUGCCGAGGGCAUUCCUCGGUGGAGUAUCUCAUCCAGCGAGGGCCUGAUGGCAGAUUCCAGCUCCUAA